CUGAGAGGACUGACUAGCCUGCGCAAGGCACACACUCAUUAUGAAGGAGUGAUUUCACUUGAUUCCGCGGAGCUGGCUGUCUGGUGGAUUUAGUUUAGGUAGUCUACUUGACAAAUAAGAAUACACACCUGAUUUCAGAGCAUACUUGUUUUAUGAGUCACUGCAGUGUUGUGCUUUAGGCUAUCGGCAGAACUACCCAAGUGGAGACUUUGCUGAUGCAUCUUUGCGCGAUCAUCCAUCUCUUGGCGAGUACAAAUAACAUACACAGAGCAGGGGAGACAGUCUAGCCUACAUCAGCUUUCCGAAAAAACACAUCGCCUGUUGUAGCUGCUGGACAUUUCUUGGAGAUAUCCAAGAGUACUGGAGCCGCAGAUAUUGCCUACUUUAUUAUAUUGAACGAUAACACGCCACAUUCUCACCUUCUAUUUGAGGCAAAGAAAUAGAGGUCGACCACCACAACAGCAUAUUGAGUGGAGUCGAAUUGCUGUGGCCAUACCUACUUUGCACCGAGCAAGGAAUAUUUGACAUUCAAGUUUCCGUGGAAGUUGAGCAGUGACGGAAAAUGGGCAUUUAUGGUUAUUUUGUGGCGCCUUGGAAAUGCCUUGUUGUCAUCGGUCUAAGACUGCUAUUCCUUGUACCUGCAGGAGUGCCAGCGAGGAGCGGGGAUUCUUUUUCAAAGGACAACAUCACUGUCAGACAAGGGGACAGCGCCGUCUUAAAAUGUACUGUGGACAGCAAGGUAUCGCGGGUGGCUUGGCUCAAUCGCACCACCAUUCUUUAUGCGGGCACUGACAAGUGGUCUCUGGACCCUCGUGUUGUCCGAAUGGACAACACACCCGUGACAGAGUACAGCAUAAAGAUCCAGAAUGUGAAUGUACACGACGAGGGGCCCUACGUGUGCUCCAUCCUCAUGAGCAACAAACCCAAAUCGUCCAAAGUGCAUCUCAUUGUUCAAGUACCUGCAAAGAUCACAAACAUAUCGACGGACAUCACAGUGAACGAGGGCAGCAACAUUACUCUAAUGUGUCUUGCCAUUGGACGACCAGAACCCAACAUCAUAUGGAAGCAUCGCUCGGCAAAAGGCCACAAAUUUGUCACUGAAGGGGAAUACGUUGAUAUGACAGCGAUCACUAAAGAACAGUCGGGAUCCUAUGAAUGCAUCUCCUCCAAUGACAUCUCAGCCCCAGAUGUGAGGACGGUGAAAGUCACAGUCAAUUACGCUCCCUUCAUUUCGAAUGCCAGGAGUACAGGUACCCCAGUGGGCCAAAAAGGGGUGCUCCAAUGUGAGGCCUCUGCUGUUCCUGGGGCAGAUUUUGAGUGGUACAAAGAGGACCGCAGACUCUUCAAUGGACUGAAUGGGGUUAAGAUAGAGAACCAAGGUAAACAAUCCAUGCUUAUGUUUUUGAAUGUUUCUGAAGAGGACUACGGAAACUACACGUGUGUUGCCCUGAACACCAUGGGGAUCACCAAUGCAAGUAUAAUCCUCUAUGGCCCUGGGACCAUGAUGCACGAUGUGAACAGGGCAGCACUGUCGCUCCACUGCUCGUUCUGCCUACUGCUGACUGUUUUCUUUUUGUUCCUACUCAAGUUUUGAUGUAACACAGGCCAUCAUCAGCUUCUAUCAGCACUGAAAAACAACAAGACUCUUGGUCCCAGAAGAAGAAAUGGAACAAAAGGAACCACCAAUAACAUCGUUGGUUUGCUCUUCUUUUUGGGGGGUUUGCAUUUGCGGUAUGUCUUCUUUUGGACAAAAACCAGAAGAUGAGACAUAUCUAGGAGGGUGGGGAGGGAGAGGGUCGACCUGGAAGCUGAUCUGAGGUGAUGGUACUACCAAGUUUGUGUCACUCCAACCUUUUGUAUGUAAAAAAGGGGAAACAAAAAGUUAAUGUAAGUGUUGAUAGUUGACUGGUUUUGCCCAAAUAUUGAGGUGUACAUUCAGAUUACUGGUGUGUCCUGUCCUGUUUGUUCUCUGUACAAUAACAUAAGCUUUUUUAAAGUAAAUUACAAAAAAAAUAAAACAUGCAAUGUGAUUGUUCAUUUUACUGUAUUUUUACAGUUGUAUGCAACAGAAUAAUAACAAAAACAGACCAUUCAAUAUAAACAAUGUCAACUUCAGUGGCAGAACAACACAAUAUCAAAUAUUUAAGGAUUAUUUGUGACAAAGGAAGUCCAUACACAGCAAAAAAAGCACUGUUGAAGCAUAAACAGCACUGACACAGUUUUUGGGGUUGUCACUGAGAAGAACUGCAUAGUCAAAGAUAAUUGAUGACAGUGCUUUUUAAGUUGUCUGAAAUUGGCUAUCGCCUUUUACAAAGGGAGUUUUGAGACAGACAAGACUGAUAUACACAGGCAGAAAUGUGCAAAGAAAACAGUUUAUUCACUGCACAAGUGAUUUUUUCUCUCACUGACUACAGUGACAUCCCACAAUCCCAUUUAGCUAAUGUGGGUGUCUACGAACAAACCGCAAACGGUAAAGUAAAAACAACAUGAUUCCAACAGGAUACAUGUAGAAAUACGUCCUGCGCUCCCCACUACAAGAAGUGAAGAGAAAUGAGUCAUUGAUCAAAUGUUCUGAUCUCUCUUUAAAUGGCAAAACCUCACAGAAAACAAGAGAGUAUAAACCCAGAAGUCAUUCUAGCUCUCUGCAUUGACCAGGGAUUGAAAAAUUGUGAAUGUCUGUCGGUUUGUGUCCUUUUACUGUUUCAGGCCCAAUUCAAAUAAACAUUGAAACUGGUGUGCAUAUUGGAUGUGUAUAUCUGCAUAUCUAUUGAACAGACACAAAGGUUUCUGAUUUAGGAACAGUUUCCAAAUGACGUUGCCUGAUUACCUAAAUUACUGUCACAAUCAAAUCUAAAAAAUUCUGCAAAGAGCCUAGCAGAAAUUCACUGAACCACGUUCAUUAUUUCCUCUAGUUUAGAAUGCUUCUCAUGUACUUUACCUGCAUGGUUAACUGUGUGAUAUAGCCAGGGCCGGCUCCAGGCAUAAGCGGUUGCUUAAGGACUCAGGCUGCUAGGGUGCCCCAGAACAGCAACAACAAAACACUUUUUUUUAAGGAACUCGGGGAUCUCAACUUACUGUUGAGAGUUAAAAUAGUAGAAUACACAAGGUGCAAGUAUGAAAUUUGGUUGUGCAUCAGAAUUUUAAAAAUCUCCAUUAGCCAUGUCAGCCAACAAUUUUUAGAUCGGUAAAUUAGUCUAGCCAGCUAUCUACACUUGGAGUAAUCAUGGCUGAACACUGACCAGGCACUCAGGGCACAUGCCCAGAGGCCCUGACCUCAAGGGAACCCCCAUUGAUUUGAUUAGACACUCUCACUCAUAUCAUUAACAUCAUUAACAUGGCAUAAGUUAUGGCAAAUUGUGGAGACCUGCAGGAAAUUUGCUUUAAAACUGAAAAAAGUAUCUCCACCCCAUUAGCUGUAAAACUGCCCCAUGGCAAAAUGUGUGGAAUUGCAGGAAAUGUACUUUAAAACAUACAUACAAGUGAGUCCAUGAAUCGCAAUGAUGUAACCGUUAUGGUGAGUAAAUCAACAUGUCAGCUGAAGAUAAAGUUUUACAUUGUCCGUAAAUUAUGAACUGUAAAAACAAAGUCCUUAGUACUUUUGACUAUGUGACACAUUACUUCCCAUGAUGGCCCACACAAAAUGAAACAAUAACAUACAAGUGUAGGAGGAGGCAUUGAAUCCAAUUAAGAUCACAUGCGUAUCAAAUGCAGGCUCUAAAGUUCUUUCAUUAUAAAAUGUCCAGUGAAAAACAAUUAAUUUGCUAUAACAAAUGUAGCUUGCCAUUUGAUCAAUACAUGUUUUGCACUGACCCCAGUGUUCUAUCAAUCAGAGGGUUGAAUAGUAAAGGGUGAGGAUCGGCAUGUACCCUGUAUCGCUAUCAACUCUAUCUAUUUGGGGGGCUCAAGCUGUUAUGUCUUCUCCUUUUCUUUCAAAUGAAUAAGAACCAUUCAAUGUCACAGCUGUCACUUCUGAUCAGCCUUCGCACAGCCACCCCACAAUGCAAUCACCACCUGGUUUGUUGCAUGUUGGUCCCGUCCCAAAACUGCCUGGUUAUCAGGCAGCAGCAGAGAAGAGUGUGUAUACACACACACACACACACACACACACUCACACACACACACACACACACACACACACACACACACACACACACACACACACACACACACACGCACACACACACACACACACACACAGACACCGUUCAGACUAUGUCAUUUUGAAGACUAUAAUGGGUUACAAUUGGGCCCCCUGCCGUGGGAAGUCAUUUCCACAGUAUUUAUACUCCAGUUAACUGUAAAUACUACAAUACUCACUGUAGUGUAUGAGAAAGUGUAGGAUGUAAAUAAUUAUGCUCAAACUGAAAAAUCAUUAAAUGAAAUAAUGAGUAUUUCUAACAUCCUAAUUGAGGUGUAGAUUACAUCUCACAUCCCAGCGUUAGACCUUGUAAACAAGGCUGCAUGGGAUUUCUGUUAAUGUGACUCCGUGCAGCCAAUGGCAAUGUCCACUUUAGGUAUGCCAGGAGCCGGUUGUGGAUUUGACAGCUUUAACACAGUCCCACCCCCAACGCCCCCAAAACAACUGCUAUGUGGGUGUCGGCUAAAGCGGAUCUGAUUGAAUAGAGCCCUAACCAUGCAAAGUAAGAGAAAACAAACUAAGGUUUUUAGUGCAUUGUGUUUUAUAAAAGAGAACAUUCAAUGAUUUACUAUUCCUGGAUGAAUACGGAUGAAAUUAAAUGUUGUCAAUACACAUGGUUUUGAACUUUUAUAUUUAAAACAUGAGUAUUAUCAAGACUGGUGUCUCCUAGGUCAGAAGGAUAAACUGUUUUGUUUUUCUUGCCACUCCCCCACCCAUGUACAGUGGCCCUUUGAUGAGUAUUUCUUCAAAGUUCUCCAAUUUCUGCACUUUUAUUUAUGAAGAACUGUAGAAGUGUCGUAACUUAUCCACAAAAUAAAUGUCUCUGUCACUUGAGGAAAACUCAAAGGAAAGUUUUUUUUUAGCCAACACAAGUGCAGUCACGCUGUCAUAAACCUAAAGUUCAAUGCGAAUCUGUGUAUAAAUGAUCAUGAACGGUGUAUUAGUCAAAACUGUAAUCUUGCAGUUAUGACAAAGAGAGGGUCAAAAGAUAGAUGUAGAUCCCUGGGGAACAAAUCAAAUCAAAUCAAAUUGUAUUAGUCACAUGCGCAGAAUAUCAACAAGUGUAGACCUUACAGUGAAACGCUUACUUACGAGUCCCUAACCAACAAUGCAGUUAAAAACAAAUAUUAUAGUAAAUACGAAUAAGAGAAAUUAACAAAAAUAACAAGUAAUUUAAGAGCAGCAGUAAAACAACAAUAGCGAUGUCAUAUCUACUUAAACUGUUCCAUGCCUGGAGUCAACAUACAUUACUAAACUAAACUCAGCAGCACAUAUGCAAAUGACUGGCUAGCUAGGGAGCUGUUGUUGUUUCUCUUUUUGAUCAAAUCUCAUCCAGUUUACUAUACAAAAGUGUCAAAUCUUUAACCAUACUGGGUACUCGGCAAAACUGUACAUAUGCUGUCAAUAAAAGCUUUAUUAAUGGUCUAUUAAUAGUUAAUGAACCCGUAUGCAUUAAUUAAGUAUGUAAAAAUCUAUAAACAACAAACAUAAAUUGCAUAGGAAACCUUUUAUUAAUUGUCAAAUGAUAAGCCUUUUGUAACAAGGCUCAGCGUUUUGCAAGUAAUAAGUAUCUAUACACAUUUUUCAUUUUUCAUUUUUCAUUGUUCUUACAUGACUCCAUUCAUGUUUGUUAAUGAUUCCUUUAGCAAAUGGCACACAGAUAGGAAGUGUCACCAAGUAGUAUGUCUGUGUGCGAAAAACAAUUAUGUCCAGCUAACAGUAUGAACAUAAAUACCCCUCAGAACCAACAUAAUACAACACAACUAAUACACAAUCAGAAACUGUCUGUCCGUUUUUCCUGCACCAUUAUUUUAAAGGAAUAGUUCACCUAAUGAAAGGUUUCAUUUUCUAAAAAUGACUAUACAGUGGGGUUUCACAGAUAGCAAUCCAUGAUUUGGGUUUGUAAAUAAACCAAAAGCAAAAUGAGGGUCAGAGUUACCAUGGGGAUCCACUUUCAAGUAUAACUUGUUAAAUUGGAAACAAUUAACACACAUUUGGCUUCAUGCAAUUUGAAAAUGCUAUACUUCCUAACAAAAGUAAUUUGUUCUCUGGCUAAAUGAAGUUCAAAAUAAUGUAUUGUAGUGUCAUACCACAUGGAAGUAUGUUUAUCAUGAAACAUGAAAGGUAUGCUGUAUAACUGAAAGAGAGGGUACAAUUAUCUAUAUCAGGGAUGGGCAACUGGCCUGCCCCGCCUUUUGUAGGAGUAUUGUUAUUAUUUUAUUUUUUACUCAGUCAGGGUCUCAAUUUAAUUUGCAAUUAAAAAAUGUUGUUGCGCAUCAGCAGUCACUCCAUUACGGGAAAGUCAGCAAAUUAUUUCUCUUUGCUGUCAUGAGGGGGGCCACUAAAAUUUUUCGCUCGCAAGUCGGAGGGAGGGGCUACUGCGGCCCAUCAUGAUGGGUUCCAUUUUAUUGUGGCUCCCAUCCCCAUCAAAGUUGUCCAUCCCUGAUCUGUAUCACGCUAGCAGUGUGCCUUGUUUGCUUUUUCUUUGUUGAAAUGUAUGUAGUUGGACCACAGUCCACAGGUUAAGUAUACCACACUCAACAACAACGGUAUUAUCUGGAAACAGUGGGUGCAAUUUCAUCAGAAAUGCAUAAUGUGAAUGUUUCAAUUUCCAAUAUCAAUUGUUUUGGAGUUUGCUGACUCUUGAUGUCUCUUUUAUAAUUUCAGGUUACAAUAUCCUUACGAUAAAUGUGGCAACUUUUAACAAUGAUUUUAUAAUUCAUACAGUAGAAAAAAACGGAUGUCAAUUGUACUUAUCGGCAUCGUGUUGAUUAGUGACGUAGCACAGUUUCACAGGGCCCCCGCAAGGUCAGACCUUUUCCCUUAUAAAAUGAUUGCCUAGAUAUAUAUGUUAAGCUGAAAUAAUGCAACAAAAUUCCCCCCAAAAAAUCUACUGUAAAAAAAAAUACAAAAUCCCGACCGGAAAAGGAUUGUCCUAACUUUCUCUAAUUAAUUUUCUACUAUUCUAUACAUUUUUCCAUGAGGUUGAAAGAAAAUGUUGCAGUUUUAAAGAUAAUUUCCUGAAAUUCUAAACUUUUCUUUCAUGGCUUAUGACGCUUUCAUAUACUAUUUGAGGGGCCCGACCUCCGGGGGACCCCGCGCAAGGCUUGUGUGCCCUGCCGGCUUGUGUUAGCUAUGUGGUGUGUGCUACGCCAGUGCUGUUUAUUCAAACCAAGGGGGUUCUUACUUUUGUAGCCUCACAACAUAUAAAGUACAUUAAUGUAUCAAACUGUAAAGAAGAGCAAAACACUAUCAGUGUCUCCACAUGAUACCCUUGACAUCAUCACUGCAACUUGCAUUCUCAGAUUAAAUACAUGCAACAUGAACCAUUCUGCUAUGAUUAUUACACAUCUGAAUAAAAACACAAUAAAUCAACCACAUGUGCAAAUGUCAUGCUAGAAUGAUAAAACAUCUGACACAUAAGUAUUUGCACUUUAAAGGAACACUACUCAAUCUCAGUUUCCACCCACAGUGAGCCCCUAACACGUAUGUUUGCAAACAUUUGUGGGUCUUGGCAAAUGUAACCGCCAUAUAGUUAUUUGAAUUAUAUUGUAACUUCCACAAAACCAGUGAGAGUGUGUGGGGGGGGAGCAAUUACUGCAGAAUUCAAAUAACUAUUUGGGAGUUGCGCACAGGACAAAUCAUAAUUUGAGAUAUGCACACUAAUCAAACGUAAACCAUGUAAUGAUGUCAAUGAAAUAUUUGCACCAAAGUGUGAGGUAUGAGCACUAAUCUCAAAAUAGUGUUCUACGCUAAAUUAUGAUCUUCAUCCCAUUCAUUCAAACUGGGAACAGGAAUUUGUAAGUGAUCAACUUUAUUAACAUUCAAAUGUUCAAAUACUUUUGCCUCGUUUAUUGACUACAGGAGAUAAUAUGCUGCACAUUUGUUUUUCAGCGUAACUUGUCAAGUUAUUCGCUAUCUGUAAUUGAAAUGGUAUUGUACAUUUCCUUUUUCUAUUUUUCCCUUCUGUUCUGUCAAAAGUAUUAACAAAAACUGUAUGUCAAUGACUUUUGGUAAGAAACUAAAUGAACGUAAUAGUAUUGAACUAUUUGUGCAUGUUAAGGCGUAGUUGUAUCUUUUCUAUUUGAGAAUGAGUAAGAGAUGGUUGUAUCUGUUCAGUGUAAUAAAGCUUAAUGAUAUUUUCCUCUAAAUAA